CAUGGGUCGUGGUAUGAUCGGUCUCCAUCCAAAGCCACUUUACCGUGGAUGGGAGGCUGAAGGGUUCCCUGGUUUUGAUGCGGUGAAGUGGGUAAUUUGUACACAAUCAACUCGUACAGUAGUACAUUGUUUGCAUGGGAAAUGUACCCGAGGGUAUCCUCACGUAGCGAAUGCUGCAUAAACCCUGGGUCAAGGAGAAAAGAGUUGCAGAAUGCAGGAUGCGGGCGUCACACCCCGGUUCAGUCUCGAGGAAAGAAGAUCCCCCUGCUUGGACGUGCGCUGGUGGAGGGGCAGACUCGUUAUCGAUAGGCUCGCGGGUGCCAAAGCCGCUUGUACGCAGUUGACGAAUGUACCGAGGGGGGAGGGGGUCCAUGUACGGAGUACGGUGAUGUACAUUGGGUACAUGGCAUUCGGGGUGUCAGGGGUGAAACCCGGACACCCAGUUUAGCCCCAGGAUGCAUACGAUCCCCUAAUCGUCCGCUCUGACUGGUUCCAAGGGCGGUGCGGUGCUGUGAGGGUGCAGCAGAUCGAUAGGUGAGCAGGAGAAGAGCACAUGGACAAGUAGAAAUUGCAAGAAAUAAGAAACCAGGAUUCUGUCCGAGACCAAAGGGGGGUUUUUUUUCUUGUCUUUUGCCUCCUUCUCUUUUCUUCUGCGGGGAGGAGUCCAUUGCGAGGGUAUACGGAAUACCCGCUCCCGUUCAAUCCCAGCCUUCUUCUUUUCUCUGAUUUGACGGCGUGGACUUUUCUUCACCGUGAUAUUUGUCGCGGGUCUGAACGAACAGGAGUUCAUGAGUGACUGCCAUUGCUGAGAACUGAACAAAAGUCGGGGGGGAAUAUAGCGACUGCUCCUUCAUUUGUAAAAACAAAAUCUCGCAAGCCAAGCAGGCAAUCGGGGAGCCCAAAGUCUCACAGAAUCCGCUGAACCGCAACCUUACCAACCCCCCAACUCAACCAAAUCACCUAGAGUCUAUCGGUCCCGCGAUUUGCGCUCAACAUCCAACUCCACCAAGUCCUUCGAAUUCGCGCCGGUCGUGCUGGGUGGCUGCUCUGUCUUAUUUUUUUUUUGCCAAUACUCUGUUUAUUAGGAGAAUCCUUUUCGCCGCCAAAGCGACUGAACCCCUCUUUGUUAUAUUACAAUCCCUUGCCCUCGGCGUAGGGGUCUAUUCUCGACUCUAUCCUCGACUCGACGGUCUCCUGCGGGGGGUUCGAUACCAACCCGCCACCCCAUGUGUUCUCUCCCCAUAAUCCAGUGGACGGGUCUCUGAUCGGGCUAGCCGUGUGCUCGGCGCAUGCGCUGUCAUAAUGGAGGUCCUCGCGCCGGCCUGUCAUAUGAGGGUGGAAAAGUCGGCCACCGAGAAACCCGCCUACGACUCUCCGCAUUGGCAUGAUGAGGUGGAAAAACUGGUCGACGAUGUCUGGGCGGUUCUCGUGCAGGGUUCUACGGGAAUUUCUGGAAAGAACCUCGAUAAUACGAGCCAGGACCACCAUGCCGACGAAUUGGGUUUAUACUCCCCCGCGCUCCCGUGGUACGCUCAACCCCCGCCCUCCUACGAUGAUGCCGUGAACGAUCUUCCUCCGGAAUACUCUGCGCUUCCUCCGCUCGCAGAGCGCAAGGAUGCGCUCUCGCCUGCUGCGCCGCCAGCGCCCGCUACGAAAUCGCGAAACCGAUCGCGCUCGCUGUAUAAAGAUACGUUCCUGGAUGUGUAUAUUGACUUUGAGAACCCGGUCGGUGUUCGAGAGCACAAGAAGAAGAAAGGUGCUGGAGGGGGUGCGGCUAAGAAACCCGCUGCCCCGCCGCCCCCCGCUGAUACUGGGGGUGGUUCGAACGACGCUGGAGACGACCAAGCGAAUAGCGAUGGAAAUGGCGGAGGCGAUGCGGGCGGAGGGGAUGGAGGCGGUGAUGAUGGCGGGGGAGGAGGAGGAGAUGGAGGUGGUAGUGAUGACUGGAAUACCUGGGGAACUGUUGCAGGGACCAAGAAGAAGACCAAAAAGCAGGAAGAAGAGGAGGAGGAGGAACGAAAAGCCGCCGAAGCUGCAAAGAACAAUCUCAGCUGGGCUGAUGAUGCCGAUGCGGGCGGUGGCGAUGACUGGGCCGGGUUUACUGCAGCGGGAAAGAAGAAGAAAGGAAAGGAUGAGGCACCCCAAGGUGGGUUCCAGGAUAUCAGCCUAGACGGCGGAGCUCCCCAGUUGGACCUAGACUUCGAGUCGGGACCAAAAGCCGGAGGAACUGGUUUCAGCUUUGGUGGUUGGGGUAAAGACUGGAGUACUGGAGGUGCCCCUGCGCCCAGCAAAUGGGGUCUUGGGGCUAUCGGAGAGUCCGUCCCGAAAGAAGAACCCAAAGACACCAAUCCCUGGGGAGUCGGCGCCACAAAGAAGAAAUCGACCAAGACCGCAGGCGGUUUUGAUUUUGGCGAUUUGGGAUCCCCUCCCGCUGAGGAGAGCAAAGCAGAGGAUGACUGGGGCGCGUGGGGUGUCGCCACCAAGGAUAAAAAGAAGAAGAAAGGCUUACUCGAUCCUGAACCCGAACCCCAACCCGAGCCAGAACCCGAGCCUACGCCUGAAGCACCGCCAGAGCCUAUUGCCUUGGAACCUUUACCGGAAUUGGAUCUCGAGCCCGAGCCGGAAAUCCCCGCGUCUAUCCUCACGGAAGCCUGGUACAUUGGCCUUUCCAAAAAGGAGCAGCGAAAGGCCAAGAAGGAGUGGGAGAAGAAGGUGAAAGACGCAGAAGACGAACUUGCCAAGGUUCAAGAAGCGAACGCAGCUAAGCAGGCCGCCUACGACGAGGCAGUGAAAGCCAGAGAAGAGGCGGAAGCCCAAGCAAAUCCACCUGCUCCGGUUCCACCUGUUCCAGAAGUAGCACCUGAAGCUGAUAAUGAUUGGGGAUGGGCCGUUCCCUCCAAAAAGGACAAGAAGAAAAAAACUAUUGAUCUGCUGGCAGACUCCGAGCCUAUACCUGCGCCUGCACCUGACCCUCCAGCUCAGGACGACUGGGCUGGCAGUUGGGGCACUGCCGGUAAGAAGGAUAAGAAAUCCAAGAAAGAGCCGGAGCCGGUCGUUGAGGAACCCGCGCCGGAACCUCCCAAGGCCAAAGAAUCCGAAGAUACCUGGGGUGCCUGGGGUGUGACCACCAAAGACAAGAAGAAGAAAAAGGGCAAACUCGAGCCAGAACCCGAGCCCGAGCCAGAACCUGAACCUGAACCUGAACCAGAGCCAGAACCCGAGCCUGAGCCUGAGCCUGAGCCCGAGCCAGAACCAGAACCUGCCCCUGUGUAUGAUGAUCCUCUUUACGAUGACUGGCAUACUCUAUCGUCCAAAGAUCGGAAGCGACGAGAGAAGAAACUGGUCCAGAAAGGUCUUCCUAUCCCUGGAAAGGACUUUGAACUUCCCACCGAGAAGCCAGCUGAGCCCGAGCCCGAGCCCGAACCUCCUGCCGCCGAGCCAGAACCCGAGCCUGAGCCUGAGCCCGAACCAGUUCCCGUGCCCGAGCCUCCUAAGCAAGCAGAAGAUGAUGCCUGGGGUGCCUGGGGUGCUACCACGGAUAAGAAGAAAAAGAAGAAGGGGUUUGAAGAACCACCUCCGCCUGCACCGACUCCUCCAGCACAAGGUCUUACCCCCGAGCCUGAAAUUCUCGAUACCCCUGAUGACAUCUGGGCCGAUCUGGGCUCCAAGUCCAAGAGCACCAAGAAGACGAAGGCUAUCGAACCAGCUAAGGAAGAAAAGCCCGCUGCUAAGGGUUUCUGGGCAUCUUUGACUGGAGGCUCUGCCGCAAAAUCCAAGUCUACGAAGGAGAAGUCCAAGCCGAAGGAAGAAAUACCUGAGGAGCCGGAAGACCUUCUUAUCGACGUUGGCGAUGACCCUCUUCAGGAACCGGAGCCCGAACCGGAGCCCGAGCCCGAACCUGAAGUCGUGCCAGAGCCUGUUAAAGAGGAACCCCCGCCUGAGAAGUCUUCGAAGCUCAAGUCCUCGGGCAAGCUGUCUGUCGCUGAGCGUAUCAAGGCACUCGAGCAGAACAAAAAGGAUAAGCUUAAGGAGGCGAAGUCAAGCUCAAAGUCAAAGUCCAAAGAGCCCGAGAUCGAGCUAGAACCCGAACCCGAACCCGAACCUGAAAUUGAACCACCACCUGAGCCUGAAGCGGAACCUGAACCUGAGCCUGCUCCUGUGCAUGAUGACCCUUUGUAUGAUGGCUGGCAUGACCUGUCAUCUAAGGACAGGAAGAGGCGAGAGAAGAAGCUGAUUCAGAAGGGACUUCCCAUUCCGGGAAAGGACUUUGAGCUUCCAUCUCAAACCGCUCCCGAGCCCGAGCCCGAACCGGAGCCUCAACCUGAGCAUGAGGAAGAACGACAUGUCUCCAGAGACUCUGUUCCUGGAAGUUUCCCUGAUGAACCUGAGGUUGAAGUGCCAGCUGAAACCGAGCCUGCACCUGAACCUGAACCUGAACCUCAGCCAGAACCAGCUCCACCAGCUCCGGAUCUCUCCAAGAUGUCAAAGAAGGAAUUGAAAAAAUACAAGAAAUCCGCUGCGGCUGCAGUUGUCGCCAAGGAGCCUACUCCUCCUCCUGCAGAAGAGCCGCCCGCGCCUGCACCCGAACCCGAGCCUGAGGCUGAACCUGCAGCUGUCCCUGAGCCUGAGGACGAUGGCGCUCCGCCAACACCACCUCCAGAAGUGGAAUCAUCAAAGAAGGAACGCCCUCGUGUGGACCGCGCCGCCAGCAAUACUGGUUGGGGUUUCUGGGGCUCAGCACCACCACCAAAGAAGUCCAGCAAGAAGGAAUCCAAAGAGCCCAAGGAGCCCAAGGAGCCCAAGGAGCCCAAGGAGAUCAAGGAGAUCAAGGAGAUCAAGGAGCCGAAGGAGCCCAAGGAGACCAAAGAAAGCCAGCCCGCCGAAGAAGCCGAGUCUCCGAAGAAACGAUCGAAAGAGGAGCGAAAGGAAUCGAGUCGCGAACGUGAACGCGACCGCUCUCCCGUAGCAGCAGUCCGUUCCAAAUCCACGAAAUCGCGUCCCAAAGAAUCAGAUCCUGAGGUCGAGAGAUCUUCAUCUGACCGGGACAGGCGGCGUGAACGAGAGCGAGAGCGAGAACGCGAAGCCCGUUCCUCAAAGCAGCAGCGUGCGACCACCUUGUCCAACUUCGUAUUUGGUCAGCCCUCGCCUCGAAGCAAGUCAACCCGCAAACCGGAAUCAUCAUCCAAAAGGCCCUCCUCCAAGCCGGUAUCCCGACGUCCUUCGAUUGAUCCAGAAGAUGAAGCUGCCUUGCUGUCGCCUCCUCCAGAUGACAAACCCGAGGUAAAUGAUAAGGCAGCCAAGUUGAUGGGCAUCAGUGCGUCCAAAUCCAAACGCGACCGGCCACGUGCUGAGCGCCGGAAGUCUGCUCCCCGCGACCCCUACGCGAUUGAGGAUGAUGACAUGGUCGUGGUCGACAUGGAAGACGCGGAUGGCCAAUCACCCAAAGAGGGCUCGAGAGGGUCAAAGCGCAAGUCCAAGAGAGAGUCCCGUACGAGACCUGAGGAGGACGACGCUGUCAUGGUCGAUGUCGACCAAGCUCACGGGGGUCUAGAUGUUCUUUCAGGGGCUGACGACAUGGCUUUCGUCGACGCGCCUCCUCGAGAGCGACGCCUCAAGCGCGCUCCUCCUCCACUCAAGAGGCAAGACACUGGUGGGUUCAUGGGGAUUUUUGGUUCGUUGCGAAAGCCCGUGCGUCCUGAGAUGCCAGACCGUCGCAAGUCUCGCUCCUAUCGCGAUGAAGAUGCCAAGCACCUCACUGAGACAGAGCGCGAUGAUCGCCGGGUACGUCGUGACGAUCGCCGCCGGCGGUCGGUGAAAGCGGACACUGAUGCUGAAGGGUUUACCACGGAUGCAGCUGGCGCUGCUGCAGGCGGCGAAACCGAGCCUGAAGACGCCGAGGCUCGGAGAGCAGCUCGUCGUGCGAAGCGCACAUCUCGACAAGCCCCAUCUGACACACGAGAAGCCGAGGCUCGCGAAGCCGAAGAGCGACGGGCCAGACGUAAAGAGAAGAUCCGCGAGCGUGAAGCACGCGAACAAAGGGCCCGCGAAGAGGAGGAGCAGCGCCGAGAAGAAGAGCGACGUAUUCGCCGUGCCGCACGCGAAGAACGCCGAGCCCGCGAGGAACAAGCCGCACGCGAAGCCGCAGCAGCCGAAGAAGCGAAAGCCGCCGAACGGCGCGAACGCCGUCGCCAACGCGAAGAAGAAAUGGCCGCUAAAGCCAAACGCCGUCGUUCUCGCAUUGACGAGCCUCCAGUCGACAGCUACGCACCGGAGGAGCAGCUAGACGGUCGUCGAGGGUCCCGCCCAACCGCAGAAGACAAGGCUCGCCGACGCCGAUCAAAGCUUGGACCUGCGCCGGAGCAGAGGCGGGCACCGUUGAUGACGGGGGGCCUCAAUCAUGGGAACACAGGUGGGCCCAAGAAAGACAAUAUCUCCAAGUGGGUCUACUCACAAGCUGAAGAACCCCCUGAGCCGCCGCCCAUCAUUCCCACCGUCAUCGACCUGCCCCCGGACGAAGCCGCAGCCGCAGCCGCCGAUAACGCUCACUCGCUUUCCUCGGAUGAGGAAGCCCGUCGUGCCGCGCGCCGCAGAGCCCGUCGUCGUGCCAAGUAUGGUGAUAUGCCGGACGAGGAGGUGGUUGAUGAUGUGCGCUCUCGGCGUCGAGAGUCGCGCCGGGAGGGUGUGAAGAGUAGUUCUGGAAGUGGAGACUACGAGCGCGAUCGUGGGAUGCGAUCUCAUCCUGGGAGUCGGCAUGGUGGAGCACCUGCGCCACCAAGCUCGGGGGCGAAGAAGUCGAGUUGGUUCAAGAAGCUUACAAGUUUCUAAUCCCCUCGGACUUGAUGCUGUCCAUCAAUGACUUGAUAUCGAAGUCGAUCACCCCCCUUGAGUGACUGACUCUCCAUUAACCUCGCUAUCACUUCUCUUCUACAAUGCUAUGUAUCCUCUUCAAGUCUAUAACGCCGAUUCUCAAGAUAGAACCGCCCGCCCUCAUACAACCCAAGAUAAAGACUCAAAGACACAGCCGUCCAAACACUGCGAAUCAGCCCACCUCUAAACAGCCCACGUAUCCCGUCAUCGCGUAUGAUCUGCUUCCCAACAGCCCAAGCACCGUUCCUCGAGCCUUUACCAGCCCCAUGCGCUGCAGCCCCCGACUCUCCGCCCGUAUUCUCACUCGCAGACAACAUCACGCGCGUUUUAACCACGUCUAUAGGUGUAGUUACAACCGAAGCAAUAGACCCAGACACCGACGCAGAAAGCCCAGUUAACCCAGCUCUCUCGAGAAGCUGAUCACGCUGACUAUAUGCCUGCUUACUAUCACCACCCGAGGCGAUCACCUUGGCAGCUUUCCGUCGUCUAUACCGGUCAAUAACGUGUGACCGGACAUACUCAAACAUCGGGAAUUGAAGACCCGUAAACGGAAGAUUCCGUCCAAGUAAUGCAAAGUACCCAUUCCACAACCUCCAUGGGUGGUCCUUGAAUCGGGACAGGACCUGGCGCAUGGCGCUGACACUAGUCGUUUUUCCUCUGGUAUUCGAUGCGCUGGCAGUAGUGUUAACCAUUUGCGCGUUUUGCUUUAGUACUUCAGCCGGUGUGAGCAUGAAGCACGACACAGCCUCGGCUGUUGAAGAAGCGAUUGCGUUGAUAAUCGGGCUUGGAAGGGAGUGUGUGAAUGGGAGGCGAAAGCCCGUUUUCG